UCUCUUUCUGUCUGCUUUGCUUCCUAGUCAAAUGUACAAGUUGAUGUCACAACUACGGGACCAGUUUAGUUUAGGAUGGUCCCCAAUGCCAAGUAAUGAGCAAUUUAUGACACUAGACAUCACCCCCCCUCACCAUGCCAAUACCUUAAAUCUCUUCAUAAAAGGCUCUCUCUCAACCAUCAUCCAGUUCUCUUCAUGGUCAAGGAUUUGCAGAGUUCAUCUCUACUUAGAGAACUACAACAAGAGGGAAUUUGUUCAAAAAUGUUGCGUCUUCUGCGACCUGUUAUGAUGGUAAUGGUACUGAUCAUAAAACCAGGGAUGCUAGUGUCUGUUAAUGAAGCUCAUCUCUCUUAUGGACACUACCAGACUACAUGUCCAAAUGUUGAAGCCUUAGUCAGGGAUACACUAGUACCCAUUUUCUUGACUGAUGCUACUGCUCCUGCAUCUUUCUUAAGGCUCCUGUUUCAUGACUGUCAAGUUCAGGGUUGUGAUGCAUCGAUACUACUCAACUCUGAACGCAGAAACAUUGGUUCAGAGAUAAUUUCCUCAAAAAAUUUCAUGAUAAGAAACCGUGAAUCAAUUGGGUUGAUAAAAUCGGUUGUGGAAUCAGAGUGUCCAGGGCAAGUCUCUUGUGCUGAUAUUAUUGCUUUAGCUGCUAAGGAGUCGGUAGCCUUCACUGGAGGACCUCAAAUUCAAGUUCCUCUUGGAAGGAAAGACUCAACAAGUUCAAGUUAUAAACAAGCUGAUAUAUGGCUACCUUCACCACAAGUGAGUGUAGAUGGGAUGCUUCAAAUCUUUAGAUCUAAAGGAAUGAAUCUUCAAGAAUCUGUCGCCAUGCUGGGAGCACAUACAAUAGGGGUUGGACAUUGUCUGAACAUUGUGGACAGAUUAUACAAUCCCAAACACACCAACAGCAACCCUGCCUCUGCUAAUGAUAUGCUGGAAAAAGGUUAUGAAGCUCUAUUGAAGAUGCAAUGCCCAACUAGAGUUCCUCUAACAAACCUUACAUUUGUGCCUAAUGAUAUAACUCCUCUAACCUUUGAUAAUCAGUACUACAGAGAUAUCAUUUAUGGCAGAGGUUUAUUCGGUAUCGACUCGAGCAUCUCAAAGGAUCCAAGAACAUCACCGGUUGUUAAGUCGUUUGCUGAUGAUCAAAACUACUUUUUCCAAGUCUUUGCUUCUGCAUUUGUGAAGCUCUCAUCCACAAAUGUACUUACAGGGAAUUCAGGUCAGAUUAGGAGUCAUUGCAGUAGAUUAAAUUAAACUGCAUGUUGUUGAACAACAAAAUAUGUGUAAUGUAAGGACUUGGAGUUGGAAGAAGACAUGGAUUGUCUGGUAAAAAAAGUACAAAUAGUCCUUUCUUAGAUUUUGAGUUCAAAUUUUAGCACAAUCAUUAGUAUUGUGAGUACUUUAGUACUGUUGGAUGCAUUAUUGGCAUUGUACUUCUGCUUAUACGGCAGAUAUGGCGUACUCCGGUGUAAUUGAUAUGGGCUGCUUAGGCGCGAAACAGAAACUAUGACGGAUUUGAAACUCAAUAAUAGGCUAUCAGUGGAGAAUGUUAGCUAGUAGUUUUAGGGAAUCAGCUUGUAAAAUU